GAUUGUUUCAUAGUGCGGGCGGAUACUACAAAAGUGCGUUUACCGAUUCUCGUCGUGUUGUGUACCCCCAUUUACUGGCGAUCUCGACGGCAAGCCGUCGUAGUUGUGCAGCACUUUUACAGUGUGUGCCGAAAAACAGCAGCAUCGCACAGAGUACCGCGUAGAUCGAGAAGUAUCUGCAGCAUCACCCCGGCCGGAACCGGUCACCGGUACGAGCCGCGUAGUGGCUGGACGUGCUCGAGGAGAUAUCAAACUUUCGCCAAGCACAUAAGCCUUCAUAAACUCCCUCUCGUUGGGCACGUGGACCGCCAGGAGAAGUUGUCUCACGGAGUGAACAUUCGAAACUAAACCCUGCAACCGAAAGGCGGGGCGAACAGACACCCGACAGAGCCCCCCUCGAAUGAUGGAGCCCUCGCGGAUAAAAGUGCUCUACGGUGGCCUCAUAUUUCAACUGCUGUUCGUCAUCGCACUUCCGCUCCCGUACACGAAGUAUGGACGUACCUGCAGCGAUAUCGGUUGCUUGUCCAGCCAGGUGUGCGUGAUGGCGUACGAAUCGUGCUCCCUCGGGCAACGCGACGGUAACGAUUGUGGCCGAUAUCCGACUUGCAAGAAGAACACCGACCCCAGUGUCAGUGCCGGACCGAGCGCGGGUGCCAGUAACGUGUUUAACAACGGCCCGAAGCCGCCCGCUCCGGUGGCCGGCAACGAUGACGACGUGCUGGGCAGCCUGGGCCUCAAUCCGAACAAUCCUUACGGACAACGUCCCACGCCGGCCCCGACACGUCCGCGCCCUCCGUCCGCUCCCCAGGGCCCAUCGCUCUAUCCUUCCUUGCCCACGGACAACGGUCCCGGCAACCGUUACGGUAACAACGGAGGUGGCGGCGGUGGUGGUGGCUAUUCGCCAGGUGGCGCAGGAGGAUACGGUGGCCGUCCGGCGGCCCCCGGUUCGUUUGACGGAAGCGGAGGUAACAUCGUCGUGCCGACGCAGAAACCGGCGGCUCCUUCGUCCGGUGGUGGCUUUUUCGGUGGCAUUCUAAGCGGCGUCCAGAAUGCGGUCUCGAACGCGGUCAAGCAGCAGAUCGGAACGUACAUCAAUCAGCGGCUCGGUAUUGGACCGGCAGCGGGUGGCGCGGCUGGCAGCGGAGGACUGGGAGGGCUGUUCGAUGCACGCAACUUCGUCGACAACAAGCGGCUCGGAGGGCUGUUCGCGGAGAACAAACCGGCCGGUGGAAGUUCACCGUCAUCCUCGUCGUCGUCGUCGUCGGUCCCGGCCGGAAGCGCGAUCGGUCCGGGUGGUUACCCGGUGACGGUCGAUCAACGCACCUCGGCCAGCAACUACAACCAACAGUACGCUCCGCAGAGCCAAUACGCACAGAACUAUCGCCACCAGAGCGCGGCCAGCAAUGGUCGAGCGCGCUCCACCGAGCGCCCGGCCUACGGUUGGACCAACGUCUGAAUCGGGCGAAAGGGGCUUUACAAAACCAACCCAGCACCAAUACUCCAGCACAUAAAGUGUAUCUUCCUCCACACAUGACUCUAUGUAUUCGAAACAACGUUGCGAAUGAUUUGCAUUAAGCCCCGGCACUCGGCAGCGCAAGAAUAUCCUGUCGUCGGCCGCUCCAACUCCGCGCCACCCGAGCAAACGGAAAAGCCGCACCGGAAGCGACCGCCAAACUAAUGAUGUACCUCGUUAGAGAGAGGGCGCACGAGGUGUGCACGAUGGCAGUUUCGGUUCGUGGUUCGCUCGCGCAAUUGUGCUUCCCCUCUUUUUUAUAUACAUUACCAGAAAUGUGACUAAUAAAAUCAAAGAAAAUUAAACUCAAAGAGUAAA